AGACUGUGCAGCAGAGUCUAGGGCAGCAGGUGUUCCAGGAGUAGAAGCACGAGGGCUAGGAACCUGAGUGGUUGAGGUCUGCUGCAUCUGAAGAGCUGGUCCGUGUUGGGAGUUGGACUGGGCAGAGGACCCAGAAUGUCGCAUCAUCAUGCUGUUGAUGAUGGCUUGUUGCUGAUUGAUGCGCAUCUCCAUCUGCUGCAUAUGCGCGUGCAUCUGAGGAGUCAUAUUCGCCGUAGAGACGGCACUCUGCUGAGGCACAGGGCUGUUCUGAGCGGGAGUGAAGGAGGGUGCAGUGGCCCGAAGACCAGACAUGUUCUGAACGAAACCCUGACCCUGAGAAUCGCUUAUGGUAGAAGCUUGGGUGUUGCUCAAAAAGGGAGUCUGAGCAUUUCCCAUGGGAGGAGUAGGAAAGAAAGGAGGUUGCAUGCUCAGGCCGCUCAUGGAAGGCAUCAGAGAAUUGCCCAUGAACGAGUUCUGCAUGUUGCCAAGGAACUGGUUCUGACUGUUGAACAUGACGGGGGUCUGAGACUGAGUGAAGCUCUCAAAGCUGGGGUUGCCCGAGGCCAUGCUGGGAAUAGAAGAGGAGUUCUGGACCCAGUGAGGGUUAAAAUGAUGAGUCCCAACCACCAUGGGACUGCCAGAGUUGGCGCUGUUGUUUGUAUCAUCAGAAGGAGAAGUGAAACCCCCAAUCAUCUGGUUCUGCUGCAUCUGGCCGAAGCCAUUCUGAUUCUGCUACAAAGGCAAUGUUAGAAUUGAAAAUCAAGGGGAAAUUGAAGGAGCGCAGGUUUACCAUGAACUGAGCGAGCUGCUGCUGCUGCUGAAGGUUGUUGAACUGGAAUGCAUUUCCGUUCUGUUCCAUGAAAAACUGGCUCUGCUGCUGUGAAGAGUGUCAGUUCCUUUUCAUCUCAUUUCCAGCAUGUGUGUAUCAUAUGCGGAGAGAUGACGACUUACCUGUUGAGCAGCUCCUUGCUGGAUGUUUCCCUGGGCCAUAUUGGCCAUGUUGGAUUGACAAGAGAACAUUAUAAAAAUCGCGACUUCAAGAUGGCGAAGUAUAUCUCGAGAAUGCUGCUGGUUGUAAGAUGCUUUGAGCGAUCUUGGAGCAGAGUCGGUAAUUGUGAAGUAGCUGAGAGCUGAAGCUGAGAUGAAAGAAUCAAGACUGCUAAGCAGAUAAGACUCGAGGAUUAUGUAUGACGAGGAGGAUAUCUCAAUGAACCAAGUGGUAUGGGAAGAGUAGAGAAGAUGGAGUUGCCGCGAAGAGAGCUAGCUGGUUGAAUCUCCACGACGCUCAAAGCCUCUCAAGUCUGUGUAUUCUGACGAGAAGAAACAAGAUUCGAUAGAUGAAAGCGAAGAGUGGAGAGCGUAGAAAUGAAGCUGAUAUCAGAUUAUUGGAAGAUGCCGCGAAGCUGAAGCUGUGUGCACGAAAUCUGAUGAUGGGUGAGGAGAGAAAAGAGAAGAGGAGAGCAAGUCAGAGGUGAAAAACUUUUCAAUAUAUUCGAGUCCGAACCUCGGCGCUACUAAAGUGCUUGCAUGUUUGAAUAAGCGUGGAGGAGUUGGCAGUGCAAACGACCGUCGAGGGCUGUCAAGGUCUAGCAUAAUGGCGUUUAGCCAGCCCGACAGCUGUCCGCACUUGCAGACGUUUCUUGGUUCUCUCUUAGCCUCUGAGAUAGUUACUUGUCGGUGGCCGUACCCUUCCU